AUGUACAUCUUAAGUUUUCUCGUCGUCUCCAUCAAUACUUUUGGUGCAUUGGCGUACCCUCUUACCACCGCAAAUGCCGCUGUCUCUCCUGAUCCGGUCUCCGAGCUUGUUGUCUCUUCAGGCCACGCACCGGCAUACAACUGGCAGAGCGAUUAUGUCUCUCACUUCACCAUUCACCCAUCCUGCAAUGCAACGGAGCGUCAUGAGCUUAGCGAAGGGUUGAGACAAGCGGCUGAAAUGGCUGAGCAUGCAAAGAAUCACAUCCUUGUCCAUGGUAAUAAAUCCGAGAUUUUUCGAAAGUAUUUCGGCAAAGGUCCUACUGCUACGCCAAUGGGAUGGUUUGACAAGAUCGCCUCUGGUAACCGCGCUGGCAUUGUCUUCCGUUGUGAUGAUCCUGACCGAAACUGUGAGACUCAGGAUUCAUGGGCAGGUCACUGGCGCGGUGAAAAUGCAACAGCCGAAACCGUCAUAUGCCCACUCUCCUACCAAACCCGCCUCCCUCUCACCGCAUUAUGCGCGCGAGGAUUCAACGUCGCAACCGGCAGACCAGCAGACUUCUGGGCCCCAGAUCUCAUGCAUAGACUCUACCACGUUCCGCUCAUUGGCGAAGAAAUCGUCGAUCACCAUGCUGAUGGGUACCAUGGUGUUCAAGAGCUCGCAGCUGGUAGCAACUAUACGCUGGCAGGACACAAUAGUGCUACUUUAACGUAUUUUGCAACCGAGGCAUAUGCGUAUGAUAUUGCUGUUCCUGGCGAGGGAUGCGUCGGCAAGGCUAGUGAUGAAAAGGAGGAGGAUUCACAUAGUGCUCCUGCAGCGACUGCAUCGACUGUACCGACUGUGAACCCGACAAGAAUCAUCCCAGCUGAGACUAGUCCCGCUGCGACUGCCCCAGCUGGGACAGAGUGCCAUACACAUGAUGACGGAACAUUGCACUGCGUGUAA